AUGGCACGUCAGCUCCGCUUGCAUUUCGCGUCAAGACGAAGUAACACGGACCCCCUCUCUGAAAGCCUCAGCUGCCAUGGUGAGGAGAGCGGAGUCGGUGUGUCAGCGCACGGCCCCGCAGAGAAUCUGGCGCACAGCUCAGUCCACUUGAAGGUGACUCCUCUGUCACCAGAGUUUGCCAGCAGUCAGAGCUCUUCAGUCUUCAUACCCAGGGUUAACUCCGGAGGCAGCAACAAGAAGAGCAUUCUGCAAAUCUCGCUGCAGCCGUGCGGAAAACCAAGCGGCGAGUUGGAAGGGAGCGCGGAGGAUGGAGAGGCCGGCGUUUGUGUCGGUUCUGACGGGGGAUCGUGCAACAGCAGCAUGGCCAGCGACGCCGGGUACUGCAGCAGCAACAGCAUCUUUGAGCCGGAGCUUCCAGAAAAGCACAGGAGCAGCCAGGAGAGGCCCCAGGUCUGCCGCAGGUCCAAGGUCCCGCUGCGGCGGUGCUCCUCCCUGGUCAUUAUUCCAAGGAGCCCUUGCAGCACGCCGCCUGCGUCUCCCGUAGGAUCUGUGGCUCUGUUUGCUCUGCCCCCGUUACGGGGAUCUAACCAGCCGUUUCUCCAGGCACCUACCAGUGAAUUCCUCCAAGCAGACGAAGAAGUGACGAGUAAAGAGCCCAACAUCGCUUCUCUAAGUGGCCAAAAUCAGCCAAAAGGAAACUACUCAUCCGAGCUUAGGGACUCAAAACACACGGUGCACUUUAACAUCCCGCUAGAGGAUGAACCAAAAUGCAAACUGGAGGACAAGACUGCAGGUAUGGAGCAGUCCUCUAAUCUUCACUCUAGCAGCGUGAUGCUACGCUUUCCCCACCAGAGACCAAUGGCAUCGGCUAAACGAGCCGCAUCUGUGGCUUCGGGCAGUUCACAUCUCCCCAAUGCUCAUUACCCGGCUGGACUCUCUGAAAGACAAGGCGAAGCCCACAAAAAACUUUAUCGGAGUACCUCUGCUUGCUUGUUUUCCUCAUCUAAGCAACCUGAGAAAAACAGUAGAGUCUGUUCAUCAGGGAAGGGUCAAGGGAAACACUGUCAUCGUGCCAUUCAGAGGAGCUUUUCCCUGGAGGUGCCUUACGCUAACACCGGGAUUUCAUGUCACGUUUCAAACCCAAAGCUCAGCAGCCCUCUUUCCCCACAUGUACACAUUCAUUUGUCUCCUUGCUGCCCUGCAAAGGUUCUCGCUUACCCCAACAACUUCAAAAAGAGCCACAAAGGAAACAGGGAGACACGUGAUGACUUUCUUGGACAGGUGGAUGUUCCUUUAAAUCAGAUACCGACAGAAAAUCCUAACACACAAAGACCAUACACAUUCAAGGAUUUUCUGCUCCACCCACGAAGCCAUAAGUCCAGGGUCAAAGGUCAUCUGCGUCUCAAAAUGACCUACCUGCCGAAGAACCUGGGCUCAGAAGAGGAGACGGCAGAUCAGACAGAGGACUCGGAUUCGGGCUGGGAGCUUCUGGACCAGGACAUGUCGGGCCCCAGGCAGAGCCAGAUGCUGCCUCCUCUUCCUCCUGGCUGGGAGGAGCGACAGGACAACCUCGGCAGGAUCUACUUCGUCAACCACGUGACCAGAACCACGCAGUGGCACCGGCCCACCAUGCAGCAGAGCAACGGGGAGAGCCAGCGGCCGCAGAACAGCAACACGGAUGUGGAACCUGCCUUCAUCACACGCAGACAGAUCUCAGAGCACGACGAGAGCGCCACGCCGCAGGAGUCUCCAGAGAGCUGGGAGAUCCUCACAGAGGACGAAUCCACUUUGCACCCCAGAAACCAUCAGCUCACAUCGCCUGCGUCCAGUGAGCCGCUGGAGUUCUCGUCGGUCAACGACGAGAACAGGAACCAUCGCGUUUCAAGAUCCUCAGCUAGAGAGCUGCGCAGUUCACAGAAUAAUCACAUGAGUAAUUCAAACCAUUCCAGCCUCAGAGAAAGUUCGCAGACUUCUGCAAGAGAGGAACAACCUGCCAGUCCUGUGUUACUUCCCUCGUCCCCUCAGUUGCCUCCAGGCUGGGAGGAGAAGCGUGACAAUAAAGGAAGACGCUACUAUGUCAACCACAACACCCGAACCACCACAUGGGUGCGACCAGUCGUUCAGAAACCUGCAGACGCACCAGCAGCAGCAGCAUCGGUGGCGGCGGCGGCGGCGGCACCACAGAGUGGAUCAGCUUCGCCUCAGAACUCCAGCCCGCAGUCCCAGCCGGCGGCGGUCAGCCCUACAGACGCCGCUCAACCCAGACCCAGCGCAGAGGCCUCAGGCUUACCGCAGGGCUGGGAGGUGCGCUGCGCUCCAAACGGAAGACCUUUCUUUAUCAAUCACAACACAAAGAUGACCACCUGGGAAGAUCCCAGGCUCAGGAUUCCUCCGCAGAUAAGGAGGACCGGCUCCCUCGACCCCAAAGACCUCGGCCCGCUGCCACCUGGAUGGGAGGAGCGGAUCCACAGCGAUGGCAGGAUAUUCUUCAUAAAUCACAACACCAGAGCCACACAGUGGGAGGAUCCCAGACUGCAGAACUCGGCUAUAACCGGUCCAGCCGUGCCUUACUCUCGAGAUUACAAGCAGAAGUACGAGUUUUUCAGAAAGAAGCUGAUCAAACCGGCCGACAUCCCGAACCGCUUUGAGCUGAAGCUGAAACGAAACUCGGUGCUGGAGGAUUCCUACAGACGCAUCCUGGCGGUGAAGCGGCCGGAGCUGCUGAAGGCUCGACUCUGGGUGGAGUUCGAGGGAGAAAAGGGCCUGGACUACGGCGGCUUGGCCAGAGAGUGGUUCUUCCUCAUGUCCAAGGAGAUGUUCAACCCGUACUACGGACUGUUCGAGUAUUCUGCCACAGACAACUACACGCUGCAGAUCAACCCCAACUCCGGUUUGUGCAAUGAAGACCACCUGACCUACUUCAAGUUCAUUGGUCGUGUGGCUGGCAUGGCGGUGUUUCACGGAAAACUCCUUGAUGCGUUCUUCAUCCGGCCGUUCUACAAGAUGAUGCUGCAGAAGCCGAUCACGCUGCAGGACAUGGAGUCUGUCGACAGCGAGUACUUUAACUCCUUAAAGUGGAUUUUGGAGAACGACCCGGAGGAUUUGGACCUGAGGUUCACCAUUGAUGAGGAGCUGUUUGGAGAGACUCACCAGCAUGACCUGAAACCGGGAGGCUCUGAGAUUGUUGUCACCAAUGAAAACAAGAAGCAAUACAUCGACCUGGUGAUGCAGUGGAGAUUUGUGAACAGGAUACAGAAACAGAUGAUGGCUUUCAAAGAGGGUUUCUUUGAGCUGAUACCAAAGGAUCUGAUCAGGAUUUUUGAUGAGAACGAGCUUGAGCUGCUCAUGUGCGGCCUGGGAGACGUGGACGUGAACGACUGGAGGCAGAACACCAAGUACAAGAACGGUUACUGUGGCGACCACAUGGUCAUCCAGUGGUUCUGGAAGACGGUGCUGCUGAUGGAUGCAGAAAAGAGAAUCCGACUCCUGCAGUUUGUGACGGGAACGUCCAGAGUCCCGAUGAACGGGUUCGCAGAACUUUACGGCUCUAACGGACCGCAGCUGUUUACCAUCGAGCUCUGGGGAACCAGUGAUAAACUUCCCAGAGCCCACACAUGCUUCAACCGUCUGGACCUCCCUCCUUACGAGUCGUUCGAGAAGCUCAGGGAGAAGCUCAACAUCGCCAUCGAGAACGCCCAGGGCUUCGACGGCGUCGACUAACGGCCGCCGUGAUUGGACGAGGGGAGCGGAUGCUGCUGCAGUCAGACCAGGACCGCGACCUGCCAGCUGAGGGUCAGAUGAAGGAAAACCUCAGAGCCGUCGCUCGGUCCACUGACGGAGCUCACAGGAGGAAAAAAGAGACAGAUACUUUAUUUAUCUGCACCUUUCAACGUUUACAAAUCAGAUUCCUUAUGGGGAGCCGCUCAGAGGUGUAUGUAUUUACUGUCACUUGUUCUGGUUAAAUGCUGUGAUGUGUUAAACAUAGGUUGAUUUUUUUUUUUUUGUGAGCCGAUAUGCAUAAAUACUGUGAAGUAAUGAAUUCAUGCCUCCCUGAACGUAUCUGAGGCACUGGUGUGGAAAAGUCCAGCUGCAUCCGGCUGCACAAAGCAGCUGGAUUCAGACCAUCUCAUUCAACAAAAGUAACAUUUACUACCAUUUAGUUUGCUUUAGUUCAAUCGACAGGAAAAUAAUGUUUAUUUUAUAAACUUUUCACAACUGAACAGAAACAUAUCAGUCGCUACCAGCAGUAAAGAUGGUAGUGACUGACGACUAACCAGAUAAAGAUGACCUGUUAACCAGAUAAAGAUGGCGACUAACCAGAUAAAGAUGACCUGUUAACCAGAUAAAGAUGACCUGUUAACCAGAUAAAGAUGGUGACUAACCAGAGUCGCCAUCUGAGCUCAAACUUCUUCUUAAAAUAAAAAACUAAAUUUGUCACUAUUUUAAAAUACCUAACCGUUUUGAUUUAGUUUGAAAAUCGUUGUGAACAGCUUUUUUUCCCCAUCAGUUUAUUUCCUGUAUUUUACAUUUUUCAUUCCAGUAUUUCAGAUAUUUGGAUGCAUGGACCUCAAAGCCACUUACAGCGGACAGCGUUACAUACACGUUUGAGCGACGAGUUAAUCUAAAUGUGUUGGUGAAUAUUAGAUUGUUGAGGUAGUGAUGAACCUGGACCAGUGAGAAGCUUCAGUAAUUAUUGUUUCUGUGUCAUCCAUAGAGGAGCAGAAGUGGCUGCAGCACACAGUGUUGGAUACUAUGCACUCAUGUAUAUAUUGAUGUAAAAUACCCAAGUACCUCUUAAAUUUUUAGUUUUUCUCAUGUUGCGUUAACGUACCUGCAGACACACCUGUGCCUUUUACAUCUACCUUCAGCAUCUUUCUCCACUCUGAUUGCACCGGAAGAAUUGAUGUAAAUUCACUUUUUAUCCCUGGGUUUUAGCUUAAACCUUUGCCAGGUGGCCUUAACAUGUUAAAUAGUUUUUUGUUUUUUUUUUAUUUUUUUUGUCCUGUGACAUCACCGUUUUUAUCUCAUCAGGGGGCGUCUGAUUGCAGCUCCGUUUUUGAGAGCGCAUCGUCAACGUUUUUUUGUGUACAGAUUGUUCUUCUCAAACUGAGAACUAAUUUGUGAUACCUUUGUAUGAAAUGGCUGUACUUGAGCAGCAGUUUUAACAUUUUCUGACCGGUGAAAUGCGUUUACACUAGCUGCCAUGUUUACAGAUCGGCGAGGGUGGACGAUAACGCGGCCCGCUUCCUGUCUGACGUUUUUCUUACUCCUGCUUUUAUAAAGUGAAGCACUUUGUUGACGAGUCUUACUUCUGAACCUUUGCCAAACUGCAGACUGUCUGAAUCACUCAUGACCUUUUGCUUCAUGUGUUUAAAUGUUUACAUGUGAACUUUGCUUAAAACGAGCACUUUCUCUCCUUUCACAUUCAUUUUAAAGAGAAAUAUCAAGGCCUUCAUUUGUGACACGUUAUGUAGACUUUAAAGGUGUUAUCAUAUCUCUUUGUAUGCUAGAGGCGACAUUACAGCAGAAAAAAGGGCAGAAUUAUUUUUUUCAUUAAUUUUAACUACCUAUAGCAUAUCUAUAGACUGAAUAUAAAUGUUUGCAAAAUAAACACAUAAAACCCCGAA